AUGGCCGAACCGCGGUUCGCAGAUUGGCUGGCACAACGCCCCCGUGUGCGGCCACCACACUGGGGUCCGCUCACCAUCGCUGUCGGCUUUCAACGAGUCGGGUCAGAGCCUCUACGGUCUCUUCCUCUUCUCUCCGUCAUGACUGUGCCCCUCGGUAUUUUCCUUGACAAACAUGGCGACCGCAUCGACCACUUUGUCCACGACCUUCUUCUGUACCACGGCUACCCGGUCAGCGAGGAUUUCGCGGACGCCCGCGACGAAACCGACUCAGCCGAGGUAUGCUGGAAGAUUUGCUCACAAUAUGAGCCCGAAAAAGACAGCCAGUCUUAUAUCACCGUCUUGAUCACCGCGCCAUGGCAUCCCGAGAAUGUCCAAAAAUGGCGACGAACCUGCGAAACCUUGAAGACCUGGCUGGACGAAGUCUUGAAAGACACUGGCCAUAAUGUUCUCGUCGAAAUGAUUUCCCCGCAGGCAUCUGGGCCCCUAUACGCUGCCCCAGUCUUCGAUCGAGCCGAUUUGGACCGUGAUUGGGAAGAACUAAAAAGAGACAGCCUUGUUAUUCUGGAGAGCCACAAGUCAAUGCUCUGGGCAUGGAAUUCCAUCGGGCUGUCUCGUCUCGGCCUUGAUGAGGACGCUGAAAAGAACCCUCCCACCGUUCUUAUCUCAAUCUUCCGUCAGUGUCCUGAGAGGCUGUGGCAGCCUGCCGUGACCGAGAUCGAGCGGUACUUGGCAGCCUCCGGUCACGGUCUGCGGCUGCACAUGGAACAUUCUGCGCCUGAGAGCCUUGUCAGAUUCGAUCUGAAGAAGGUAGCUAAUGUGGAGGGCAACGAUCCGCUUCUUUCCAGGAUUUCAUAUCAAGCCAGGCCCUCUAUAGGUGCUGACCUCAGUGUAAGCAAUUAUAUUGUGGCCGAACCAGCGGCUGUGCCGUCAGCGCCGCCUGGCGCUGGCACUGCUGCACAUCGACCUCCAUUCCAGCAACCGCAACCGCAACCUGCUCGGGGCUCUGAUCCCCUUUCGCUUGUACGAGGAGUUCAGCAGCUUACUCUCGGGGCUCAACCUCAGCAGCGUGCUCGGGGAGGUCGUGGUGGAGUCCAGCAGCCACCUCGGGGAGGUCGAGGCCAACAGCGUGGUCGGGGUGGUCGGCGCGCGCAGCCGGCUCCGGAGCCAAUGCGUUUCAAUUCGAUGGUCGGAACCCUGGGAUGCUACAUCGAGAUUGCGGAUGAGAAAACUGGAAACUGGAAACGCCUCGCGCUGACCAACUACCAUGUUAUCCGUUGCGCAAUUCCAGGGUUCAGAAUUACCACCGACGAGGUAGAGCACCCGCCAGGGCCAGGGACUGCACUGCGUGAUACAGACCUGCGUGGUUUCAAACCCGAUCACAAAUUCACAGCCGACAUCGAGAGUCCAUCACGAAGCAAGCACAACAAGACCGUUUCAUACUUUAGGGAUUUCAAAGCCCGCAACGAAGCCGAGAAACAGUCUAUUGACCAAAGAGUCAAUGAGCAGGUGAAAUUUUUCGACUCGAGAAAGCAAAAGUUUGGCCGUCUUUAUGCCGGCUCCGGCUUCGCUUUCCGGACACCCGACGGUGGGCUGCUAGACUGGGCUCUCAUCGAAGUCUUCCCUCAUCGCCUGGGCAACAACAAUUUGCCUGACGCUGCGAUCUGGCCCGAAAAAACCGAAGGCCUGUGCCCGCCCAAGGAAGCGUCCCAAACACCGCUGAAGCAACAGCUUGCUCCAACUCGCGAGAUGGCUCACAGAAAGAACAUGUACAAAGUCUCGGCGAUAACCAAAGCCACCACUGGCGCUUUCGGCCGUCACUUGGCCGAUAUAAGGAGCAACAGUUGGAUAUAUCUUGUGCAGGAAGGCACUGUCACGCAUACUCCCGAAUACUCCUUCUACAGCCGAAAAGCAGGCGUCGAGUUUGCCGCCCCCGGCGAUUCCGGCGCCGUGGUUUACGAUGGGAUAGCCCGCGCCGCCGGCCUUUUAUUUAGUGGAAAAGCCGGCCGCAAGUCUGAUGGUCCCGCUUACGUCACGCCAAUUGAGCACGUUAUGGCUCAUAUUGCCCAAUUUCUCGGACUGAAGGCGUCUGCUGUCCGAAUUGCUCAAUUUCAGUAA